GUUUUAAUGUGUUGGUUAUUAAAUGGCGGAACCGAGUGCGAUGCUUUGUGACUAUGAUUCUUCAUUGGUUAGUACAAUUUUUACCAUUAAGCUUUAUAAUCGUUGUCCUAACAGCAGUCUUCGGAUGAUGGGAGUGUUGAAGAGACACGAAGGAGUUCAAAGAGCCCUUUGAUAUCCCAGGUAAUACGCGUUCAAAAUGCAUAAUAAAGUUGCUAAGUGAAUAGUAACAUUGAAUAUGAGUGGAUAUUUGAUAACACUAGUUAAUAGAUAAUACUUUCAGGACGAAAGUGAUUUAGAAUAGCUCUUGUUUGGUCUUUACUAGAAGUCCGGGUUUCAUUGCUCAAAGAUAAUAGAACCAUUUGGUUAUUUGGUUCUCUUAACCUUCCCUGUCUUAUUCUUGCAGAGCAGUGUAAUAUAUUUAGUAAAACAGGCUAUUAACUAAGGUGUCCAAGGCAUGACUCGUAUUCGGCUUUGAAACGUAUCGAGUGUAGCUGUCUCAUAAAAGAGGCAUGGUUUGUCCCGUGUUAAACACGUGACGUUUCCAUUACUCUGAAUUUCGAAACCAAUUUACCAGACUAACAGUCAUUGUUGCGGCAUUUUCUGUCGUGCAAGUAGUGGCGUUUAAUUUGAUUUAGUUCAUGACUCAUGGUGAUAGAUCGAUAUCGUGAGAGUUCAUUCACUAACCAUAGGGAAUGUAAACGUUUGUGGAUCUGUCAUUGUCGUUCGAUUGGAUUCUUUUUUCACCAUUCAAAUCGAUUGCCAACAAGUUUCGAAGUCGUGUUCGAUACUUGUAGUAUUUGCGCGUACAUUUAGCAAUACAUUACAACUUCUUUGCUUUUAUAACUUCACUCAUUGCUCACAGUGAAUAACAGUCCCUAUGCCGUUCGGACCUUCGAUGUUCAGUUCAGAUGACUCUGGUGUCUGAAUUCCGUUCUGCCAAGGCCUAAUGGUGUCAUAAGAACCACCGAAAGUUGUAGUUAAUUAAUUGGUGAGUCAUUGCAAUGGUGAUUGUUUUUUAAACAAAUUUCGAAGUGUGUUUUUAGUGUUUUGUGAAUUUAGGUCUGUAUGAUAGCUUGUUUCUUUUCUCAGGAGGAAACUAAGAAUGCUGCUACAGUAAAAGAUGGGGUUCAACUCACUAUCGAAACAAAAAAGAACUCUAUGGUUGUAUCUCCAUCACCUAGCUACAUUAUUGAUGGUAAACGUCAAUCGAGGAGUCGUGAACAUAGUCCUUCAAGGCGACACCGCAAACGAAGUUGUGCACCCAGAUCUGAUCGCGGAAGUCCAAGUGAACGUGUGAGCUCUUCAAAACACAAACGUUCAUCCCACCAUUCGAGGCACAAACAUUCAUCCAGAAAGCAUCAUCACCGUGAUUCCCACUGUAGUGACUAUAAACAUCGUUAUCGCCGAAAGCAUCGACGUCACAGUUCAACUUCAUCUACCAGUUCAUCUAGUGAUACUAGCCCUGAAAGCAAACCUAGUCGGCGUGGAAGUCAUAAUGGUAGAAAUUCAACACAACUCCUCACAACAAGUUCCAAUGAUUAUUUCACUUCGCAACCGAAGCCAGAAAACCAGAACACUAACCUCAUUAUCUCAACGACGGGAGUCACCGUGACGACAAAUUCUCCGGCAGUUUCUAGUCAAAGUACUACGACGAAUGUUCCUGUGCAGCGGUUAACAGCACAAGAUAUAUUAGACAAAAUACAAAAGCAUCAACAAGAGCAAGCCAAGGCUCAAGCAUUAGCCGCUGCCGCCGCCGCGAAGCUCCCGAAAUACUACAACCCAACCACUGUCAACGCCGUUAAACUCGCGGAGCAACAACAAAAGCGCAAACUAUUGUGGUCCAAAAAAGAUGGUGAAAACACUAGUUCUGAAAGUAAAACUCUUUGGACAGCCACAUCUCUAAUUGCUGGAAAAGGUGAUUCUGCAGCUGCAGCUAAAUUUCGGAAAUUGAUGGGAAUUCAUGAUUCUUCUGAAGAAGUCGUGGACGGAAGUGCUGCUCAUGUCAAUGAAACUGAAGCUUUGCGUCGAGCUGAAGCGCAAGCUGAACUUUUCCGGCGACUUGAACACGAAUAUGAGAUGUCUCGUACCAUAACACAUACUCAGCGAGGCGCCGGUCUUGGUUUCAGUUCAUCCAGCCAUAUCGAUUACAAUGCAUAUUCUGCUAUGCAAAGUGAAAAAGACAAAAACCCUAAUUUAUAAUUGUAUUUAUCUCACUAGAAAUCACUUGUACAGCUCACCGAUAUUUUAAAGAAUAAUUUACCUAAUUAUUUUCAAACA